AUGGAGAUGGAAGCGGUGAAGAGGAGCCAAGAGGGAGCAGGGAGAGGCCGCAGCCGGUAUAUCAAGCUCCAAGUCUGCAGCCGGGUGACGGCCGGCCUGGCCGCCCUGGCCGCUGCCACGCUGAUGGGGUUUAACAAGCAGACCAGCGUAGUCGCCGGCUUCGCCAUCGAGGCCUCCUACCGCUUCUCUCCUGCGUUCAAGUUCUUCGUGGUCGGCAACGCCAUUGCAUGCGGCUACUCCGUGGUAUCCCUGCCUUUCGUCUCCAAUCUGGUCGAGGGAUGCACGCUGAACCUGUUCGAUCUGAUGAACCUGGGGCUGCUAAUGGCGGCGGCGGCGGCAGCUAGCGCGGUCGGCUACGUGGGGAAGCAUGGAAACGAUGAGAUCGGGUGGGCGAAGGUGUGCGCCUACUACGAGAGGUUCUGCGGGAGGACGGAGAUUGCAUUGGGCUGUUCCUAUGUGGCUUUUCUUCUCUUCCUCUUCGUCUGUGCUCUCUUCUCGGUCUACAAGUCUAGGCAAGUUAACAGUGAGUGAUGCGUGUGUGCUGCCUUCAACUCAUAUCUAAUGCUCCAUUCGCUUGCACUCUGUUCUUCAGGAUCUUUUACAAACAUGAUCCGGUACUAGUUCUGGUUUAACAGUUGAAUCUUCUCGUCAAUCCGUCAUCGUGAAAUUGAUCUAAUCUGGUUUGUUUUUCAUAU